UGAAGCACAUCUAUCGACAGCAUCACCAUUUUGCUUUUUUUCUGCUGAAUAAAAGUUUUUUUGUGGAGACUGGCAGCCAGAAAAAGCCAACACUGUGCACACAUUUAAGAGCUUUCUUCUGCUGUCCUCCAGCCUGGUGUGUGUGAAACCAGGCAAUGUCCACCAUGGUGUAUCCACGUGAAGAAGCCCUGGAGAGAUUGAGCCAGGAUGAGAUCGUACUCAACACUAAGGCCGUCAUGCAGGGCCUGGAGACCCUGCGGGGGGAACAUGCCCAGCUCCUUAACUCACUGCUGGACUGCACCCAGCCACCUGUCGCCCAAGAGAAGUCCGGGCUGCUCCGCAAGAGUCUGGAGGCCAUUGAGCUUGGCCUGGGAGAGGCACAGGUGAUCAUUGCCCUGUCAAGCCACCUGAGCUCUGUGGAGUCAGAGAAGCAGAAGCUGCGUGCUCAGGUGCGUCGACUCUGCCAGGAGAACCAGUGGCUGCGGGACGAGCUGGCGGGAACACAGCAGAAGCUGCAGCACAGCGAGCAGAGCGUCGUCCAGCUGGAGGAGGAGAAGAAGCACCUGGAGUUCAUGAAUCAGAUCAAGAGGUUUGAUGACGACGUGUCGCCCUCAGAGGAAAAGAGCCAGAGCUCUGGUGGCAGCGGAGGUGGUGGAAGCGGAGGAGGAGACACUUCAAAGGACAGUUUAGAUGACUUGUUCCCCAACGAUGAUGAUCAAGGACCAGCCCAGCCCAGUGGAGAGGUGGCUGCCCAACAGGGGGGCUACGAGAUCCCGGCCCGACUCAGGACCCUGCACAACCUGGUGAUCCAGUAUGCCUCACAGGGAAGGUACGAGGUUGCUGUGCCACUGUGCAAACAAGCCCUGGAGGACCUGGAGAAGACGUCUGGACAUGACCACCCCGACGUGGCUACCAUGCUAAACAUCCUGGCCUUGGUGUACAGAGACCAGAACAAGUACAAAGAGGCAGCUCACCUCCUGAAUGACGCCCUGGCCAUAAGAGAGAAGACACUGGGGAAGGAUCACCCAGCUGUGGCUGCAACUCUCAACAACCUGGCAGUGCUGUAUGGCAAGAGGGGCAAGUACAAGGAGGCUGAACCCCUCUGCAAAAGAGCUCUGGAAAUCAGAGAGAAGGUGCUGGGGAAGUACCACCCAGAUGUAGCCAAGCAGCUGAACAACUUGGCCCUGCUGUGUCAGAACCAGGGCAAGUAUGAUGAGGUGGAAUACUACUACAGUCGAGCCCUGGAGAUCUACGAGUCCAAACUGGGAGCCGACGACCCGAAUGUGGCCAAGACCAAAAAUAAUCUGGCCACAUGCUACCUGAAGCAGGGGAAGUUCAAGGAUGCAGAGGCUCUGUACAAAGAGAUCCUGACCAGGGCACAUGAGAAAGAGUUUGGAUCUGUCAACAAUGACAACAAGCCAAUCUGGAUGCAUGCAGAGGAGAGAGAAGAGAGCAAGGGCAAGCGCAAGGACUCUGGCCCGUAUGUAGAGUAUGGUAGCUGGUAUAAGGCCUGCAAAGUGGACAGCCCCACCGUGAACACAACUCUCAAAAGCUUGGGAGCUUUGUACCGUCGCCAGGGCAAACUGGAGGCAGCAGAAACGCUGGAGGAGUGCGCCAGCAAGUCACGUAAACAGGGUAUCGAUGCUUUUAACCAGAGUAAAGUAGUGGAGCUGCUGAAGGACGGGGGAGCUGGAGGGAGCGACAGACGACACAGCAGGGAAGGGAUCAACGGGCCGGGGGGACACCGGGGGGAGAGCGAAGGUGACGAUUCUGCUGAGUGGAACGGGGAUGGUAACGGGUCUCUGCGUCGCAGUGGCUCCUUCGGGAAGAUUCGUGAUGCUCUGAGAAGGAGCAGCGAGAUGCUGGUGAAGAAGCUGCAAGGGAGCGGACCUCAAGAACCUCGCAACCCAGGAAUGAAGAGAGCGAGCUCCCUCAACUUCCUCAACAAGAGCACAGAGGAGACCACACAGGACGCCAACUCUGGACUGUCAGACUGCAGGGGACUGAGCGCCAGCAACGUGGACCUAUCCAGACGCAGCUCCCUGAUUGGUUAGACAACAACAGGAGGUGGGACUCAGGAGGCACAGAGUGACCCAGUGAGGAGAGGCUGUUUGCAGCUUGGUUUGAUCAAACACACUUAAAUCUCAAAGCAGAGAUUAAACACUUGCACCUGCAGCAUAUUUUUAAAGAACACAAAAACAACAUUAUCACAGUAGACAUCACCAGCUGCUGCUGCUUCACUGUACAAACCGCCUCCAUCGAUCAGAUAGGAGAAUAUUUAGAUACAAAAUUAUCAGCAUGCUGCUUACUAGGAAGUGGAACGUCUGCACCUGAACGCCUCGUGUUUUUGACUCAUAGCACCGUAGCAAAGCAUCGUAUCCACAUCGUGAUGAGUCCGUUUCCUCGACCUACACUCUCAUGUGCAGACAUUCAACCUUAGGUAGGCUAAAUGUACCCCAGUUUCAGUUCAGAGAGUGUUGCACUCUGUAUAUUUCACCAGUAGCAUGAAGUAUUUGCUAAUCACCCCUCAAAUCAUAUCACUGACAGUAAAAAAAAUGGUACAAUCUGAAUAGAUUUUAGCCGUAAGAAAGAAAAGAUAAGAAGAGAAUGCAAGCAAUCUUUGGGGAUUUUCAAAAAAACCACAGCACUAAUCAUUUAAACCUCACUUUUUGCCUUCUUGUUUUUUAUGUAUAUACAGUUUUAAAUUAUUUGAUAUAUCAUUCUUUGUAUAUAUUGCACAUUGAUUGUUGUUUUUCUUUCUGUUUACACUUCAUUUGGUUAAAGUCUCAGUUUGGGAAAAAAUACUACUUAAGGCAGAAGACUGGAAAAGAAGGACAGGAAGAGAGACAAAGAAGGGAGUGAAAGAAGUAGAGAUAAAAAGAAAAUAGACUUAAUUAAUCGAGUCAGUGAAAGGACUCGAUUAAUUAAGUGCUGAUAAAUUUAUUACCUCAAUCACUGAAAUCUGCUGACAUUCAGAAAAGCUACCAGACCAUCAAAAUUUCAGUCUAAACUGUUGUAAAGCACUUUGAGCAUGACAGUACUGUACAUCCAGCAGCCACUUUGAUAAAAACUAGGAUGGUCGUUUUCACUGGAUCCUCUAGUAGCCAUUCAUAACUGCUGAAAAGUUCAUUUGAAAAUAAAUUUACUAAUAAACCAGUCGUUUCUCUUAUGAAAAUCCACCUGUGUGGUACAAGAAGUUUAACCAAACACUAUAAUCAUUACCUCCUUUUCCCACUAAUAAUUAAUUUUUCAAAUAAACUGAAACAGCCAUAAGUCUGAAUGUUACUGAAGGAAAAUGAUGUGGAAGAGAUAUUUUAAAAACAACUUGUUUACAAUCAUUCCAGCAGGAUAUUUAAAAUAUACUCAGCUCUCAUUUAAAAAUGUGGGUAACCAUCUUUGUUCAAGGCUGAUGGAGUGCUUCAGCUGCAAUAUGUUUCCUCUCGUGAGUUUUGUGUUUUGUUUUUCCCCUUGUUUACUGUUACUGAAUACGUAUUAUUUUGUACAAAACAAUCCUCGGUGUUGCGUUUUUAAUUCUGACUGGGAUGGAUUUUAUCAGUUGUGAUCAAACGCUCACAGAAAUCUGACUGGUGACUAUCCAUCCCUCGUGAAUUUUGUUGUGCUGAAUCCUUUUCCUGUUUCGAGUCUGAGUUUUUACGCUGAAGGUACUGAAAACUGCUUAUUUGAAUGUUAAAUUUUAUGUCGACCAUAUGGAGGGAGUUUAAACCGGAUUUUUCUUUUGCUGUUUGCAAAAUAGGAGAUAAAACUCCACCAAAAUGAGACCAAUACAAAGACAACUGUCCACAGAAUGUACACAUCUUAGUGGAAAUUAGACUCAGCUGUGAUCAGAAUGUCAAGAAAAUACCUUUUUUUUCUUGCAACUUUCUUUGACCCCUCUCGUCAAUCUUCUCAUGCAAGAAAGUCAAAAAAGAUAAAUUCUAGACAACCUGAGUGUGAUUUCAAAAAUGGGAAGGUUCGGGUUUGUUGUGAAGGCGUUUUAUCACCGUUGGUGCAUUCACACUUUCACCAUAUGCCCUAAAUGAACCAAAGUCACUCUUCUUGAAAUCACCUUUGCUGAAGUCGCUUUGCUGAGUCUGAGAAGUGCUAAUUAUUCUGUCAGCUUCUGAAUGUGCGAGGUGGCACAGGGUAUGGAUUGUAAUGAAGAAAUGGAAGCACGGAUGAUGGAAAAGAGGCGUAAAGUAAGUGCGUUAAAGCAAAGAAUGAAGUCAGUGUUUAAAAAAAGAAAGUGCAUUGAAAAGACAGCGGGAGAGGAAAAGUGCUUAAUGUGUCGUUUGCAGCAAAUAAUGUACGGAAUUAUCCAUGUAUGACCCUUUAUAUGUAUGUUUACUGUAUGUCACGAUCACGCAUACGCAUAAGAAUUAUGGGAAGUUCAUUUAAUCACACACAAUGUAGCUGUGUAAGAAAGUUGGUGUAACACUAAUUUGUAGUUGAAUGUCUCCCAAAAAAAGCUAUAGAAACAUCAGUGCUUCUUCUCAGCACAGAUAAAACCAACAUUAAUCAAUCCUUCGUGGUAUUAAUCAGUCACUUAUUCACCCUGGGGUGGUACAGUGGGAGUUUCUGUACAGACUCCAUAAAUAUAUGAACAUCAACACUAUUUAACUCAUUGAAAUAGAUGAGAAAAAAAUAAAACUGCUGCAGUUGUGAAAAUUUAUCUUGAAUCUCUACAAAGCUCAAAGCUUCGAAGGUAUCUCAGACCUUUGUUUCUCUCAUGUACCAAAUAUUUAUGGAGAUCAACACAUCUGCCCAGAGCCAUGAUUGGUAUCAGGGUCAUGUAUAUGCGUGGGGACUCUUAAAUUCAGCUCCUAUACUGCUGAUGAUGAUACGGAUCUCAUUGUGAAGGGGCCAACCUAACGUGUAUUUUAUCAAAGGUUCAAUAAAUGCAAAUUCCACUUUUCAA